CGCAGCCCCGCCCCUCGGCCGCUAGCCCCCCGCCCACGACCAUGGUGGUGCUCAAGGGCGUCCCGGCGCUCCUUUCCCCGGAGAUCCUCUUCGCCCUGGCGAGAAUGGGCCACGGAGAUGAGAUCGUUCUCGCAGACGUGAACUUCCCCAGCAGCUCCAUCUGCAGAGGCGGCCCGGAGGAGAUCCGCGCCGACGGCCUGGGCAUCCCCCAGCUCCUGGAGGCUGUGCUGCAGCUGCUACCCCUGGACACCUACGUGCAGAGCCCGGCUGUGGUCAUGGAGCUGAUGCCCAGCGACAGGAAGAGGGGCCUGCUGACCCCAGUGUGGACGAGCUACCAGUCCAUCCUCUCCAAGGCUGGCUAUGAGGGCUCCCUGGGGAUGGUGGAGAGGUUUGCGUUUUAUGAGCGGGCCAAAAAGGCUUUUGCUAUUGUGGCAACUGGGGAGACAGCCCUCUACGGGAACCUCAUCCUCAAGAAGGGGGUGCUGGCUCCCGAAGACCUGUGCCAGACCUGUUGAAGACCACCCGCCAAGAGAGGAAUCUACACCCCUGAGCCUGCCGAGGCCACCAGCAGACACGUCCAUCCGGUGGCCAGAUAAGCCAGCCUGGCCCUCCCCAGCAGCACCCAAAGCUCGCCUUGCCAGGGUCCUACAUGGGCCUCUGCUGACCAGGGCCAGGAUUAUCCCGUUUAUGACAAUGAUGCAAAAGUGAGGUGGUGUGCCCAACGCUGGGUCCAAAGCUUUAAACAGUAGCUCUUUCCUAACUCA